UUGAUGCAAGACCAGGGGAAUGGACUGCAACCAAUUGCCUACCUCAGCAAGAAACUGCACGGGGCAGAACUCAACUACCCGAUACACGACAAAGAGGCCCUUGCUAUUGUCAUCGCCUUCAAAGCAUGGAGAUGUUAUCUCGAAGGACGUCAAACAACAGUCUACACCGACCACUGCAGUCUGAAAUAUCUGAAGACACAACCAACCCUUUCCAGGCGGCAGGUCCGGUGGAUUGACUUCCUCGAGACACACUUCCACUACGACAUCCCAUGGCAAGUGGUUAGCCUAGACUUCAUCACCGGGUUACCACCUACCUCCAGCGGUCAUAACGCCAUCCUUGUCGUCAUUGACAAGUUCUCCAAAAUGGGACACUUCAUCCCGACACACACGACGGCACGCACCGAGGAGACAGCACAGCUCUUCGUUCGUCAUAUCAUCUCACAGCAUGGCAUCCCAACCACACUCAUUUCCGACCGAGACCCCAAGUUCACCAGCAAGUUCUGGAAGGAACUCAUGUCUCUACUCGGCACCAAACUCGCCAUGGCAUCCGCAUACCAUCCGCAGACAGACGGGCAGACCGAGCGCCUCAACCAAAUUGUUGAGCAACUCCUCCGAGCAGCCUGCAAGGACGACAUCUCCAAAUGGGACUUGCACCUGCCCGUACUAGAGUUUGCUUACAACAAUGCUACGCAUGCCGCUACUGGACAGACGCCGUUCUUCCUCUGCUACGGACGCCACCCACUCACACCACAGAAACCGACAACAUCCGCUACGGUACAACCUGCACAUGAUUUCAUCACAACCAUGCAUCAGCUUUGGGAUCGGACCCAUAAGCGCCUCCUCGACAUUCAACAGCAACAAAAGCGCCAGGCCGAUCGCCAUCGCAACGACCACACCAUCACGGUGGGAGACCAGGUGCUUCUUGACACCCGCAACCUGGACAUCAGCCACCUCCCAUCUAAACUUCGACCUCGCUUCUGCGGGCCUUUUCUCGUUGAAGCACAGGUCACUCCUGUUACCUUCCGCUUACGCCUGCCAGCUACCUGGAAGAUUCACAACGCCUUCCAUGUCCAGCUUCUGAAGCCCUACCGGGAUCCGAACACGAUCUUCGUCGGACGCCAACCGCCGCCGCCGCCACCCGUCCUCGUCCACACUGAACCCGAGUACGAGGUCGAGUCCGUGCUAGCACACCGCCGACGUCGGAAUGGCACCGUGGAGCUUCUCAUCCGUUGGAAGGGUUAUGAUCCUUCUGAGGACAGCUGGGUCCCUGAGUCCGACAUGG